AUGAAAAAUACUAACCUUUUUUAUAUUGUAAAUAGUGAACCUGACAUAUGCACUUGUCCUAUUGAAAUUUGCGGAGUCUCUUGGUGUGCUGCCAAAGAUUGCUCUUUCUAUGCUUCAUUAUGCCCACAAUCUACUUCACAACCUUUACAAUCUUUACAAUCGCAAGAAGAUUUACAUGUUGAAAUGGGUAUAUCAAAUGAUACUUAG